GGAGGCUCCCUCUCUCUCCUCCUCUUCAACGUUGUUACUAUUAUUUUAAAGUCAUCAUCGCCCUAUUGCAAAAGGGGACAUUUGAUCCGGAAAGGGGGAAAUAAUAAUAAUAGGAAGACAUGCCGGAGGUCAUCACGGUGCAGGAAUUUAUCAGCGAGACCCUGGAGGACCACAGCUCGCCGACGACCUCCUCGUUUACCACCAAAAUGGGGAACUGCAGGAACGCGGUGACUGCCUUGGAGGAGACUUUAGACAAGGACAGGUCUGUACUCCAGAAAAUGAAGAAGGCAGUCAAAAUGAGAUAUACCUCAGGUCAAGAAGACAUUACCCUUCAAGAAACAUUUGUUAAUGAGCUGGACAAACUUGUAGCUAAUUUCCAAAGUAAUGAGGAGAUGGUCCUGGCCGAAGCUUUCAGUAAACUUGCAGAGUACUCUCGAGAGCUGCUGACACCGAUGAAGAACCUGUUGCAGAGUGCGAAUCAUAUUGUAUUCUUCCUGAACUCACUACUGAGAGGAGAACUGAAAGGAGUCAAAGGGGAUAUAAAGAAACCCUUUGACAAAGCUUGGAAAGAUUAUGAAGGCAAAUUUACUAAAAUUGAAAAAGAGAAGAGAGAACUUGCAAAGCAGUAUGGAAUGGUACGAGUUGAAGUAACUGGAGGUGAAAUAGCAGAGGAAAUGGAAAAAGAGCGGAGGAUGUUUCAGCUACAGAUGUGUGAGUAUCUAAUAAAAGUGAAUGAGAUAAAGACGAAGAAAGGAGUGGAUUUACUACAGAACUUCACCAACUAUUGCCAUGCACAGUUCAUUUUCUUUCAAGAAGGCUUGAAAACAGCUGAAAAGAUUAGGCAUUACAUUGAAUUGAUUGCCACAGAUUUACAGAAUAUUAAACAGAACCAGGAAGAGGAAAAGAAGCAGCUGUGUAGUCUUCGAGAUCAGCUCAAGCCAGCUCUGCAGUUAGACCAGAAGGAGGAUUCUGUGAACCGCCAGUCUGUUUAUAGUAUGCAUCAACUUCAGGGAAAUAAGCAGUUCGGUACUGAAAAAGUAGGAAUCCUGUACAAGAAAAGUGAUGGGCUAAGGAAAGUUUGGCAGAAGAGGAAAUGCAUCAUAAAGAACUGUUACCUCACCAUAUCGCAUGGAACACCAAAUCGACAGCCAGCGAAGCUCAACCUCCUGACAUGUCAAGUGAAGCCAAGUUUAGAAGAUAAAAAAUGUUUUGACCUCAUUUCACAUAACCGCACUUAUCAUUUCCUGGCAGAUGAUGAGCUGGACUGUAUGGCGUGGAUUUCUGUUUUAACGAACUGCAAGCAAGAAGCUCUAAAUAUGGCUUUCCAUGAAGAGCACAAUAGUGCAGAGAGUAGUAUUGAAGACCUAACCAAAGCCAUCAUUGAAGAUAUUCAGCAUACGCCUGGGAAUAGUGAGUGCUGUGAUUGUGGAGCACCAGAUCCAACUUGGCUUUCUACCAAUCUCGGAAUCCUGAUUUGUAUAGAAUGUUCUGGAAUUCAUCGGGAGAUGGGUGUGCAUUGCUCUCGAAUACAAUCUCUCUCACUGGACAAGCUGGGAACCUCGGAACUCCUGUUGGCCAAGAAUGUCGGAAAUACAAAGUUUAAUGAACUUUUGGAGGCCAGUCUUCCAAGUUUAUCACUAAAGCCAAGUACAGACAGUCCCAUGGCAAUACGGAAAGAUUACAUUGUUUCAAAGUAUGUAGAUCGUCAAUAUGUGAAACAGAGCACUGGCACCCCUGUGACAAAGCUGAAUAAUUUGUACAUUGCUGUGAAAGGCAAGGAUAUAUUUGCACUGAUACAGGCCUAUGCAGAAAAAGUCAACCUCAAUGAAUCACUGCCAUUGUUUGAUCAGGAACCUGGAGAGACCGCCCUUCAUCUCGCUAUACUGCAUGCCGAUCGCACCUCCCUGCAUAUUGUGGAUUUUCUUAUUCAAAACUGUGGGAACCUCAGCAAGCAGACGGCGAAAGGAAAUACAGCCAUUCAUUAUUCCUGCCAAUUCAAUAAAACAGAAUGCCUCAAACUCCUUCUGAAAGCCAAGGCCAGCACCACUGUUCCAAAUGAAAUUGGAGACACUGCAAUGGACAUUGCCCGAAGACUGAAGCACCAACACUGUGAGGAGUUGUUGACACAGGCAAAAUUAAACCAAUUUAAUCUCCAUACUAAUGUGGAAUAUGAGUGGCGACUGGGAGCGGAAGAUAUAUAUGAGAGUGAUGACGAUCUAGAUGAAAAGCAGGGACCUGUUAAGAAAGAACGCGUUCCUAGGCCAUAUAGCUGUUUCCAGGUUGCCAGUGCUUCCUCUCGGAGCCUAGAAAAACCUAAUCCAGCAGCCACCAGUCGGGACUCAACCUACCUGCCACGAAGGACCAGUCAGCCGCGUACUAUGGAAUUGCAGCUUCCCUCUCCUUCAUCAGAGUGUCCACCUAUUCCUCCCAGAAUCCCCAUCAGAGCUCCAAGUGUUCCGCCGCCUCCACCCCCACCAUUCGCUCCUGCAACAGCAGCUUUUAUCUCUGAAAGACCAUCAAUGAAGAAACGUCCACCCCUACCUCCACUUAUAAUGAAGCAUAAACGCACCCUAUCCGAACCUACACCAGCUAUGCCUCCUAGCCCGCUGAAUCGCAAGCAGCCCUCAUCUGAUUCUACUCCGCCAUCUAGUCCAUCUGCUACUAUGGUGGAUAGAUUUUCACCAAAAUCAAGUAUUGGUUCUCCAAAACUCUCACCUGGUCUUCAUUCUCUCCCAGAGUUACCAGAGACAGCUGUUCCAAAGACAUCAGACAUCUACUCCAUACCCAAAAAAUCCACAAAUACUACAGAUGUCAGUCAGAAGUCACCAUGGUCCACUGGUUCACCAUUAAGACCUCCACUUGCAGAACAAAACAAUGAUACUUAUGCUGUGCCGGGAAACCCAGUACCACUCCCUCGUAAAGCAAAUGUGGCAAAACCUAGAAUCCGUAAAGGAAGAGCCAUUUACAACUGCAUAGCAGAUCAUGCUGACGAACUUACAUUCGAGGAGGGAGAGGUGAUUGUAGUUACUGGAGAGGAAGAUAAGGAGUGGUGGAAUGGAUACAUAGAUGGACAGCCACACAGGAGAGGUCUCUUCCCAGCAUCUUUUAUCCAGUUGCAAACCAGCUAACAACUGCCAUCCCUAAGACAGGGAUGUUAAAGAUGUGUGAUAAGGUCAAUGUUAUUCGCUUCUCCCAAGGUAUUAUCUCCUUGAGAACUUGAAGCGUUUAUCAAUUUAAUGGAAUGGCAUUCUUCGCCUGGAAACCGUCUUUUGUGACCAUGAAGUGUGAGCCAGCAGCCCCUCCUGUGGGAAAAAGUUAUAAUGGUUCUUUGGGCAGUUUGCUGAAAGCCUAACAUGUGGGUCACCUUCAGGAAAGAUCCAAUUUGCUGCUUUAAGGCAGGUGCUUGUUUACUUAGUGUGACAAGAAAUGUGCAUCUUACUGUAACUUGCUAUUAUUUGUUGAUAUACUGUAUGAAAAAUAUUAUUUCAACCCAGUGAAGUAAUUCAGUAAUGUGUUUGAGGAUUCAGAAUGGUCAUCAAACAGCAUUAUUGUAAAUUAACCAAAUAUAUAUGGGGAGAAGCCUAUUCUUGUUAGAAAUGAUUGUGUGAAAAAGUGGUCAAAGACUGACGGGUGUCACGACGACAGGAGCAUCUCUCAUCCUGUCACUGAUCCCCAUUUUGGAAUGUCACUUAUAAGCAAACAAUUGUGACAAUCUAUACUGGCAAGAAGCCACUUGUGUGGCAGGGAACAAAGAAUGUGAGGAAAAUUAUUAAAAAGUAUGUGGAAUUUCAGUUUUUUUUUAAUUAGAAAGUACUUUUUAUAAGUUUCAUGUACAUGUUAAAUAUUUUAACAAGAAAAUCAAUACAUAAGGCAUUCUUUAAAAUAUGGUAAACUUUAAAUUAUCAAAGCCUGAUCAAGCUUGUGUUAAUGUGCAAUAAGUGUGCAUGUAUGAAUGACUGAAGUUCAUAAUAUGGAUUAAGAUUGAAAUUAAAAAAUGUAUUUCAUUGUAAUCUCUGCCCGUCCAACUAAAUGGUACCAGGAGGGAGAAAGGGGUAGGAGCGGGUAUUCAAGCUAAUCCUAAUAUAAAGCAGUGAAAUGCUGCCCAGAUUUUUUCUGGGUGGAUUUAUGUAAGUGACCUUUCUUGGUGGGGCAUGAGCUACUUUUCCACCUGAAAUAGGUAUUUGAGUCUUUCGAAGAGAUAUCAGAAAUUGUAUACAAAACUAAUGAGGGCUACAGAUGGGGUAAAUUCAAGCAGGCAUUUUCCACUGAGGUUAGGUGGACUACAACCAGAGGUCAUGGGUUAGGGGUGGAAGGUGAAAUGUUUAAAGAGAACCUGAGGGGGAACAUCUUGACGUCAGAGGACGAUGAGAGUGUGGAACAAGCUGCCAGCAGAAGUGAUCAAUAUAGGUUCAAUUUCAACAUGUGAGAGACAUUUGGUUAAGUACAUGGAUAGGAAGGGUAUAGAGGGUUAUGAUCCAGGUGUGGGUUCAUGGGACUAGCAGAUUAAUAUUUCAGCAUGGACAAGGUGGGCUGAAGGGCUUGUUUCUGCCUUGUAGUGCUCUAUGGUUCUAUGACUCUAAAUUCAGCAACACCAUCUAAAACUCCAGCAAAGCAAUUGUAACAGCUACUCAGACAAGCCAAUACUACUUAAAGAAUUAAAGACUUAGCAAGGAGGAGUGGGGAGAAGGUUGAUCCUCUGUGAUGCACUCUCUAAUCCAAUAACAAAUCAACACCACUUAGAGACUAAGCAAGACGAGCGGGGGCGGGGGGGGGGGGGGGGGGAGAGAGAGGAGUUGAUCCUGAAUGACAAGAUGUACAAUACAAUAACAAGGUUACAAAGUUGAAUAAUAUGUUCAAUUUUUUAUUAAAAAACUAGCAAAACAAACAAUCUUGAAGCAAUUAGAAGCUAAUGAAACUAAAAUUAGCAAUAUAACCAAAUAAACAGUCUUGGCAUAUUACAAGUACUUAAACUAUUCUCAACGUAAUUGAGUGUAAUAAAGCUAACUUAAGUGGUCAACAAAAAAUAUAUCGCACCCUAACCAGAUGAAUCCCCAAAGACAAAGCAUGAAUACGUAACUAAACUCUUUGCUUCUACCACACCCCAAACCAUGUGACAAACUAAUAAUAAAAGCGAGACUCAAAAUACAACACAGAUAGAAAAUAGAUAUAUGGCUCCUACAGCAAUGAUGAAAGUGAUUUGUACAUUAUUUCACUUGUGUAAAACACACUACUGUAUGUGUCAGUUGGACAGCGAAUGGAUAUUUAUAAAGUAAACAUCCCGCACCUUAUUGGCUCUUUAUUAGCCUUC